AUGGCGAUUUUCGACUCGGAAAAACGCCCUCGAGGCCUGCGCGUUCCAUCGCUGACGGCCAUGAAAAAUGGCUCCUCCGCCACAAAGUCCCAAUUCUCCUUCCACAGCAAGAAAUCCACCGAUUCACGACCAGACUCUUCGUCGACCCCGAGUCUGACCACGAUUAUCUCUGCACCGCAGACAAAACCCAAGGAUCUCCCGCCUCCUCCGAAUAAGGAUCUCCCACCGACUCCGAAGGAGGAAUUGCCGCAACCGGUUUCUGCACAGGCACCGCCGAGGUCUUCGUCAAUGGUGCCCCCAAGGCGAGAAGUACUGCGCAAACCACCUCCGAGUGGGACGUCGCCAAUUACUGGUGCGCCAAAGUUGGGGUUGCGACAACCUUCGCAGCAGGCUCCUGCUUCUGGAAUUCCGGUAGUUGUUUCGCCGCAAGCCCCGCAGUCGCAGUCGCAAUUGCAAUUGCAAUCGCAAACACGACCAGCGCAAUCGCAGCCCGCUUAUACACAAGCGCAACCACCCAUCACUCAAUCACUACCGGGCUACCACGCUGCCCAAGCUGCUCCUGCUCCUCCAACACCCCAAUCCCAAGUCCAAGCCCAACCAGCGCAAACAAACCAAGCUUCACGAGGUCCCGCACCCACACCAACGCCAUCCCAAGCUCCCCCGCCAAACCUCACCCCAGCACCACCCCAACCCUCCGCCUCCACCGACGCCCUAACACCCCUCGAAGACUUCAUCCCCACCCCGGACGGCGGCAGCACCCCGCUAGACCAAACCUCUAGCGACGAACAAGCAUCCUACACCCCCUCGGAUGACACUGAGCCCAUCGCAGCCCCACUCAGCAAAAUCCAUUAUGCCUGUUUCCAGGAACAUCGCAAUAUGCCCGUUGCGAAGAAUACCUGGUGUCCUGUGCCGUGUAUGACGUGUCAGAAGAUGGAUCGCGAGAUUCGGCAUCGAGGUGUCGGAGGAGGUCUUUGGCUGAGUUGA